AUGAAGAAUCUCAAGAAGACAAUAGCUGAAGAGGCUGCUGCCAUCAACAACAGAGUCAAAAAAAGCUCGAUCAGUGUGUCUCUAUCGCACUCCAACGACCCAGAGGUAAAUCUCUCUGAAGAAAUGCCCAUUCCAGAGGCUCUUAGGCAGAUUAAUCUGCUGAAAAAUAAAAAAUGA